AAAAGUGAAAGUCGAAUGUUAUUUUCUCAUUGCAUUUUUUUUUUUCAUUAUGCUUCAUCCACAGUUGGGUCAGCAAUUUUUUUAACUGAAUUGCAGACAUAAAUGUGUUGCCUACAGUUUCAUAUGCUUAUCUCAUAGUUUACAAUACCUUAUUUUUCACCAACAUUCAUUUACCAUGUGUAUUUUCCUUAAUUCAAAUGCUUCUAUUGCUUCAUUUUUCUUGCAUUCUGCCUUUUGGUUUUACACUUGGGAUUGUUUCUGUUCUGCACAUGAGUGUAUAACGAUGCACCCUGAAUGCAAUUAACUAUAGUAUGAUGUGAAUGCAAUUGACUCUAGUCCAAUUUUUUUUUCCAUUUCCAUUAAUGACAAUUUGCAUGCAUUUAAAAUGGCAGGAGAACCAGUAUGCUAUAAUAGUAGAUGCUUGCUACCCUCAGUCAGGUUGGAGAUAUAUUUAGUUUUGUGCUUGUAAAUCUAAUGGUUCAUAGCCAUUGUCAUACAUGAAAACCUUACCCAAAUAUUCAUUUUAUUUGUAUUUCUUUAGUUGUUUGUAGAAUUUUGGUAGGGACCCAGGAAAAAAAAAAAAAAAAAAAACAGAGAGAGAGAGAAGAAAAUCAGUGGUGUGAGUCUUUUUUUUUUUUUUCCUUUUUUCUAUGCAUUAUUUAAAUAUCUGCCUUGCAGACACUCCUUUGGUAGGGGUUGGGAAGCAUGGGAUGCUUCCAAUGUCUUUAAAAAGUCAGAGAGCAAUGUGGGGAGGAGGUGGUACUGGCUGUGAUUUGAUGCACUUAUGUUGCAUGUUGUCGAUAAAAAGCAUGUAAAAAUAGGGGAAUGAGGUUUUGGGUAUAUGUUUUUUUUUUUUUUUUUCCAAUGUUGGGAAUGCCUUUUGGGAUUGUGCUUUCACUGUUACUUUUGUGUUAGAGCCAUAAAGACCGACAUUGUUGUGGUAUCAAAAGGAAUCUGUUCAUGGAUUGUUUCUUCUUGACUAUUAACUAUGAUGAGAACGGCAUUAGAUGGAUAUAAUCUGUCAUAUAGAUUGUUGCUUUUAUAGACAAAAUUUUGUAAUUUUCGUAGCUUCCUUAUGUUAUUGUAGGUUCAUUACCUACGAAAAUUUGACAGUAACACAGGAGUGGCCAAUCAUGGUAGCUGCAAGGAUGGAGGUGAAGGAGAUGGUGCAAACUAUUCAGGGAGGAUUCUGUAAUGGGGAUGGAAUGUCAAAUCUCCUCGUACGACACAGGCUGCUGUCUCAAAAAGUCCUCAGCAGGAAAAAAUUGUAGUUCCAAUUAAGCAGGAGAAGGGCUCAGAUGAAAUUGUCUUCAAGGCGAUGGGAAGAGCUAUAAAUAAAAUUGUUAUGAUCGUGGAGCUGAUUAAGGGUUUUAGAAGUUCAGUUCCAAGUAGUAAAGAUGGGAAGGACCACCUGUAUUCAUUAUCAACUCAUGUUGCUGGCUGCAUUCUCAUUCCUUUUAGCCUUGAAACCACAAGGCAUGUGUCAGUGAUCAAGAUUACUUUCUCCAAGGAGCUGGAUGCAUCCCCUGUUGGGUCAGGCAGAUUUGCUAGGCUUCAAGGAAUUCAAUACAAACCUUUAUCAUUUGGCAAUGCGAUGUACUCAAGGUUCUUCAAAACCAAUAUUCAUAUUGAUUGGACAUCGCAUAUCUCUCAAUGCAUCUGUCAAGGAGGCAUAUGAAGUAGCCAAAACUCUUCCUAAAGACAAAAGUGACUAGAGCAUCAGUCAUUCCCUGCUCUUAGUAUUCAAAAGAUGAAGAAAUCCAUAUUUGAUUCUAUUAUGGAGAUGAAGGUUGAGAAUGCGGGUAAAGACAGAACAACGAGUUAAGAAACAUGGAGUUCCUUGCAAGACCGAGAGCCAUGCCAUGCAUUCAUACCUGGCCUUCUGCAAUUCAUGUAUUUCAACAUAUGUUGUGGUUGGCUCCAUUACUACUAAAACCCAGUCAUCAGCCUGUGUACUGAUGGCAAGCUGCAUGGCAGUUAUUUGUUCUUCAGUUGUAGGAAGGAAAUCUAUAGAUAGAUGUAUAUUCCCAUCUUUGUGCCACUGAUACAGCUCAGCUCAUGUAAUGAAAUGUUGGAGAAGUAAAUAAAGAAGAUCUGUAUUUCUAUUUUC